AUGACCCAUAUGCACACAUGGUGGUCUCAAUGUGUUGGCCGGACCGAUCUUAGCCAAGCAAAUCCAGAGGCAAAUUAUCCCACCAACAAAAAGUGUAUCGAUAUACCUGGCGAUCCGUACGAUACUCUACUCUUACCUUUUGGGGAUAUGCCAACCGCUGCUCUGGCUGCUCUUUUUGAUGCAGCAAAUGUCAUUGUCUUCAGGCUUUUCUUCCUGGUUUCACCGUCCGCACAUCUAUAUGAAAAUCGUAUUCAACAGCACAUCCGAUCAAUCUUUUCAGCGCUCAGUUUUGUUUCCAACAUGCCACAGCCUAUAUCUCAGCGUGGCUAUAUCAUGGUCGCGCUUCCGAUACAAAUCGUUCGAAUCUGGGCUCCCUGCAACGAGGGAGAUGAUGUCACAAAACUGCUCCAGGGCACAUGUGGCCAAGAACUGCAAUUUUCCGCAGCACCGUCAGAGUUUUUCGCAAAUAUUGCUGCCUAUAUCCACAGCUAUUACUCAAUACCGGAAAUGACGCUUCCAUAG